GUCAUCUGUGCGGGUCAGCAGCAUCUGACAGAUCCACUUGAAGGAGACUGCAACGUGUACUGUCGCAAGCGUACGGCUUGAGGACACAGCAGCGGCGGCCGGGUCGCUGAUGUCGCGAAUCGCCCGUCUCCGCGAUGGACGACAAGAGUGCGUUUCGUAAACCACUUCCAGCCAUCCGUACAGCGACAGACAAUUUGAAGAAUCUAUCGCCAGCCCGAUCGCGAACAGAUCCACAAGCUCCAGAGAAACAGCACCAUGACAAGUCACAUCUACACAAGCGACUCCAUUCCAGCAGUCUCAGGAGUCGAGCCUUCACGAGCUCCCGAGAACAUGGCUAUCGUCAAGCCGCGAAGGAGACUGUCCAAUCUGCAAUCGAACUGAAGCCGCCCAUCAGUUUUGAUGCUCUGCUCAGAAGAGACAAAAAGAGUCCGCACUCAAGUCGCAGAGGUAGUACUUCUCAUCAGAAUCCCCAGCAUCCUCGCGAAGUGAGUGAUGAUACCGUUCAACAGACGCAGCAAGCAGCACGGCCCAAGAUUAGGCCAGAAGAUAUCGAGAAGGCACAGAAGGAUAAUGCGAAGAGGGAGCAGGAGUUGAGAGACAGCUUGAAAAAUGUUGAGGAAGUCGCUAUGAGCUCUACGAGACAGCUGGACGAUACAUACUAUGCCAUCCUGGAGAAGGCGUCUCUUCUUCGCAAUACAGUUGCCAGUCUUCAGCAAUUGACCGAAGAAAGUCGAAGGAUGCAUGCAGCGUUCAAGGAAGAUACCGAAGGGCUUGAAAGAGAAACGAGGAAAAACCUCGAUGGGUUCGGCAAUUUCGAUCAACAGGAGAAGACCAUCAACGAACUAGUUUCUCGACUUGCCAACUCCAAAGAUCGGACGACAGAUCUGAACGAACGGCUCGAGGCUGCGCGGACCAGGGUCGCCGAAUAUGAACAACGCGAGAAAGAGAGGCAGAAGGCGAGACGAAUCCGAUACAGCGCUAUAUGGGCUAUCCUUACUGGCAUUCUGAUCUUCAUCAUCGCUGUCAUAAUCGCCAAGAAGCGAAGUGCUGUUGGCAGCCGGCUCUACAGCGUAGCUAAAGCCUUGGAUGACUUUGGACAUGAUGUUGUCGAGAUUGCAAGUCCGGUCGCGGCCAUGAUCAAUCCGACACCUACUGAGGAUUCUUAUUUGAAGGACUUGUUUGAUGAAUUAUAAAUUAUGAUACCUCGAGAGCGAAUGAACCGGCUUCAUGAACCACAGCCGUCUGUGUUUUCCCG